UCAUUGCUGAAAGAAGGACGAAAAAUAAUCAUGAUCCUUCCCACAUGCAAAGGCCUAAAAACCCUGUAGUCAGAAAAUCAACAAAGAAAAUAGAUACCGGAAAAGAGAUGAAGAGGAAAAAAUUCGUACAACAUGAAGCAGGAGAAGAGGAAGAGUUUGACCCAGCGAUGAAACAGGAUGAUAAAUUCUUUGUCCAAUAUCCUCCCAGUCAUGCAAUACGAUAUGCUUCUUACAUGAACCCGAAAGUUAAAAAAGAAUUGAAGGACAAGCUUACCGAUAGACAAUUUGAACUCUUUUCCGAGACUAUAUUUGGGAAAUACCUCAACAUGCAGCAUUGUGAAGUUCAACCACAGAUGUUUAGGUGUUUUAUGGUUAGAGAGCUGGAAAAAAAGUACCCCUACUGCCUUUGUUAUUGA